AUUAGAAUUAAAGAGUUGUAAAAAAAUGCAAAUAAACAUUUUAUGUUACCGACAAACAAAUUGUAAAAGAGAUAUAUAUUUUGAUUGGACCAAACACACCUCUAUAUUUGUCCAUAGGUCUUUUAGAUAACAACUGAUGUUACAUUAGCCUGGUACAAAAUUAGUUAGCUAGCUAUGGAUUCAUCAAGAAUCACUCUCCGUCCAUACAGAUCAAAGGAUGUUGAUGAUCUACUCUCAUGGGCCUCCGAUGAUCGGGUAACCCGCUCCAUCCAUUUCAGUACAUUGACUUCCAAAGAAGAUGCGUUGGCCUUCAUUGACAAAUCCUCCAUCCCUUGGCGUCGAUCCAUAUGCAUCGACGAUCGUUCCAUCGGGAUCGUGGUGGCCCGGCCCGGAUCAGGCGAUGAUAGGUGUCGAGCCGAGGUAGGAUAUGCUUUAGCAGUUGAGUAUUGGGGACAGGGGAUUACACCCAAGGCUGUGAAGAUGGCAAUUCCUUUAAUUUUGGAGGAUUUCCCUGAAAUAGUAAGGCUUCAAGCAUUAGCUGAUGCUGAGAAUAAAGCAUCACAUAGAGUGUUGGAGAAGGCUGGGUUUAUAAAAGAGGGUAUGUUUAGAAGGUAUUUUUACUUUAAAGGGGAAAUUAAGGAUGUUGUACUUUAUAGUUUUCUUUCCACUGAUUCUAUACCUUUAUGAAAUUUAAACAUAUGUACUUUCGACAUCA